AUGUCCGGCAUCCCGUUUUUGGGGGCCCUUUUCGGAUCAUCAGCUUCCAAGUCCUCUGACGACAUGUCGUACCCCGAUAAGCGAAGCAACGACGAGUGGCGAGCCGUGCUGAACAAGGAGCAGUUCCGCGUCCUGCGCGAAAAGGGCACGGAGCGCCCCGGCACCGGCAAGUACGACAAGCACAGCCCGGACGCGGGCGUCUACACCUGCGCUGGCUGCGAGGCGCCCCUCUACAAGGCCAACCACAAGUUCCAGUCCGGCUGCGGCUGGCCGGCCUACUACGACAGCAUCCCCGGCGCCGUGACGCGGCACGAGGAUCGCACGCUCGGCAUGGCGCGCACCGAAAUUGUCUGCACGAACUGCGGCGGACACCUUGGCCACGUCUUCAAGGGCGAGGGCUACGCGACCCCGACGGACGAGCGCCACUGCGUCAACAGUGUCAGCCUCAACUUCACCGAGGAUGAGAACAAGACCAAGGAAAGCAAGGCGUGA